AUGGCGUCCGCCGCCCGCGAGCGCGCCCGCACCGCCGGCGAGGACAGCGAAUCGGACGGCGGGGCUGUGGCGGUCGCGGAUGGCUUCGAGGCGCCCCUCUUUGGCUUGCGCGUCGUCGGCCAGGUCACCACGCUGCCGCUCAAGGACGAGGACACCUUCUGGCAUCGAUCAAACCACUCUGCGUCGCAAGCGAUCACGCGGGCGCCUGUUGCUGGCAGCGCGCCGUUUGUUGCUGACUUUGACGGCAACAAGAUCCUACAGGUGGAGGCAGCGAAUGGAGCAUUGAUUACGCUUGCGGGCAGCGGCACUAGCGGCAGCGCUGAUGGCGUGGCCGGCGCGGCGCAGUUUAGUCGCCCACGCGGCGUCGCCAUCAGCCCGGAGGCAGCGCGCUCUUUCCCGGACGGCAGCGCGCUGUUUGUGGCGGACUUCCGCGGUUUCAAGAUCCUGCGGGUGGAGAUGUCGACGGGCGCUGUGACCGCGGUGGCGGGCAGCGGCACUAGCGGCAGUGCUGAUGGCGUGGGUGGCGCGGCGCAGUUCCACCACCCAUGCGACAUCGUCUGCGUGUCGGCGCCUCCUCCGCCUCCCUCCUUCGCGCCGAUUGUGGUGCCGCCCUCGACCCUCGUGGCAGACCUCGGAAAGACGUGGGGCGACGCCACUCUCCCCAUUGGCCUGGUCACCUUCCUGGUCGGCGAUGACGAACAGCGCCUCAGCGUGUGCAAGUGCAACCUCUGCGCCCGGUCCAUUUUCUUUCGGACCAUGUUCGGCAUCGGCAUGAAGGAGCGCGAUUUCGCCGAGGUCACGGUGUCCAAUACCGACCUCGCCACCUUCAUCCCCCUCGUCUGCUACCUCCUCACCGACCAGCUCGACCUCGGCGAGGAGAAGGGCGGCAGAGCGCAGCGCGCGCUCGGCCUGCGGCAGCUGGCGCAGAUGUACCAGGUGCCGCGCCUCGAGCUGCUCUGCGCGCAGGCGCUGCAGGAGAGCGUCGGGCCGGCGAGCGCCGUGCCGCUGCUCGAGGCGGCGCACGCGACGGGCGACGGGCGGCACUGCGGCUACGUGGCGGACAACGCCGCCGAGGUUCGGGCGAGCGGCGGCGUGGAGCAGCUGCGCGACCUUGGCGUGGCCAAGGGGCUGCUCGGCGACGCGCUCGACCAGGUGGCGGAGCUCAAGGGGACGGUGGCGGCGCGCGAGGGGAGCCGCACGCAGGGCUGA